GUGAGGAAGAGGAGGAUGAAGCUGGAGCGGAGGAUGGGAGGAAGAGUGGCGUGAGACAUACAGGCUGGCUGCCGAGGACCUCGCGUACAUGCGCGCGCGCGUGUGUGUGUAUGUGUAAACCCGUGAGUGACUCGGACUUUGGAGGGACUUCAUUAACGGACCGACACAAAGAGACGCGUUUGAAACGUCCUGUAUGCGCGCUGUAACGGAAAGUUGAAACUUUUCGGCGCCGCCACAGCUCGCGCUGCCGUGUGCCGGUCCCGGCUUUGUCUCUACACAGCGGAGCGCGACGAUACACCGACAUCCGCUGGGUGUUUAAUCACGCAAGAAGGGAAGCCGUUCGCGUGGAGGCGAGAGAGUGAGAGAGAGAGAGAGAGAGAGAGAGAGAGAGAGAGAGAAUGGCGGCCAACAUGUACCGCGUCGGGGAUUACGUGUACUUCGAGAACUCAUCCAGUAAUCCCUACCUGAUCCGUCGAAUAGAAGAACUAAACAAGACGGCCAAUGGAAACGUUGAAGCCAAGGUCGUGUGUCUCUUCAGGAGGAGAGAUAUAUCAAGCAAUCUCAACACUCUGGCUGAUAGCAAUGCGAGAGAUUUUGAGGAGGAGUCUAAGCAGCCACCAGUCACUGAUCAACAGAAACACCAGCUUAAACACAGAGAACUGUUCCUGUCCCGGCAGUUUGAGUCUCUUCCUGCCACACACAUACGAGGGAAGUGUAACGUCACACUGCUGAAUGAAACUGAUGUUUUAACAAGCUACUUGGAGAGAGAAGACUGUUUCUUCUACUCGUUGGUGUUUGACCCGGUUCAGAAAACCCUGCUUGCUGACCAGGGUGAGAUCAGAGUGGGCUCCAAAUAUCAAGCUGAGAUACCUGACAAAUUACCAGAAGGGGACUCGGACAAUCGAGUACAAGAAAAACUGGAGACGAAGGUAUGGGAUCCAGAUAACCAGCUGAAGGACUCUCAGAUAGAUCAGUUUCUGGUGGUGGCCCGGGCUGUGGGGACAUUUGCCCGUGCCUUAGAUUGCAGUAGCUCCAUCCGCCAGCCAAGUCUUCACAUGAGUGCAGCAGCUGCAUCCAGAGACAUAACCCUGUUCCAUGCCAUGGACACACUGCAGAAGAAUGGUUAUGACUUGGCCAAGGCCAUGUCCACACUGGUGCCGCAGGGCGGCCCUGUGCUCUGCCGCGACGAGAUGGAAGAGUGGAGCGCCUCAGAAGCCAUGUUGUUCGAGGAAGCACUGGAAAAAUACGGAAAGGACUUUAACGACAUUCGCCAGGACUUUUUGCCUUGGAAGUCUUUGGCCAGUGUUGUUCAAUUCUAUUACAUGUGGAAAACCACAGACCGUUACAUCCAGCAGAAAAGACUGAAGGCAGCAGAAGCAGACAGCAAACUGAAACAGGUUUACAUCCCCACCUACACCAAGCCCAACCCUAACCAGAUCAUGGCUCCUACUAACAAACCCGGUAUGAACGGAGCUGCGGGAUAUCAAAAAGGCUUGUGCUGCGAGAGCUGCCAUACCGCGCAGUCUCCUCAGUGGUAUGCUUGGGGUCCUCCUAACAUGCAAUGUCGUCUCUGUGCCUCCUGCUGGAUCUACUGGAAGAAAUAUGGUGGGCUGAAGACACCCACUCAGUUAGAGGGGGCUACAAGGGCUGGCUCGGACGCACCCUCACGUAGUCACAUGACUCGACAGGAAGUGCAGGGCAUGUCCCCAUUCACCAAUAGCGCUGGUAGAGCCAAGCUUUUGGCUAAAAACCGGCAGACGUUUAUUCUGCAGACCACCAAGCUAACCCGCAUCGCCCGUCGCGUGUGCCAGGACAUCCUGCAGUCACGGCGUGCCGCCCGCCGCCCUUACGCAUCCAUCAACGCCAACGCUGUCAAAGCAGAGUGUAUGAUUAGACUCCCUAAAGUGGCAAAAAGUGCUACAAAGAACCGCACUGUUCCACGAGCAUCUCUCGUUAACAUAGUAAAAGAAUUGGCUGUCCAGGCUCCCCUUAAACUCAAAGCUCCUAGAGGUGCUCCCACCCCAAUCAACCGUAACCAGGCCAACCAACCGCGCAGUGCGACUGCCCUCCUUGGCAAGAGACCCUUCGAUAGUCAGGGGGGAGGACACUCGUUCUCCACCAAUGGGAGGCCGUUUAUGAGCAGUAUGAGGACAACUGCCCAGUCAGUCAUAAAGCGCCAGAGAGUUAGUCAGGCAGAUGCCCCAAAUCCAGUAGUUUUUGUGGCUACUAAAGAAACCAGGGCCCUGAGGAAGCAUCUUUCUCAGGCUGAGAUGAGACGAGCAGCUAGGAAACCCAACAUCCCCGUCAGAGUGAAACUUCCUCUACCACCACGGCCAAUUCCUGUCCCUGUUCUGCCCUCUAGCACCAGUGAGCCGAUCGUGCUGGAGGACUAAUGACAUUUCUUUUAGGCUGCAUCACCUCACAUCUCCCCAUCUUUACGCCCCCCUUUCUUUUUUUACCCAGUUUAUUCCCAAAAAAAGUGUGUGCUGUCUUCCCCUCUAGUUCAUUAUCUUAUAGAUAUUCUCAGUUUCUUUUGGUCCAUAUCAAUUUUCUAGCAUCCUUUGUUGUUAACUUUUCUAUGCGGUCAUUCAGCCUAUGAGCUUUAUGAUGAAACAUGUACACACAGAUGAGCUAUUGCCCCACAUAAUCACACAGCAGCACACAUCAGGCUUUAUCAUAGACUUUGUAGUGUUUUAUUCCUGUAGUGUAGUUUAUUCCCAAACCCCACUCUUCCUUCCUUCCUUCCUUCCUUCCUUUUUUUUUUUUUUUUUUUUUUUUUUUAAAUGCUGAAUAUUUUUAACUGUGUAAUUUAAAUCUGAUGAUGCGCAACAUGAAAUGGUGGUGAUAAAGCACACUUUAUUUUUGUCCUCUAGGUAUCUUUAUUUGUGUAAAUAUUAACAUUUUUCAGGAGUGAUAUCUUUAAUGCUGGUGUAGUAAAGGGGUGGGGUUUUAGGGUGGGUCGGGUGGGGGGUCUGGCAUGUCUCUUAUUUGUUCUUUCUCUUUGUUUAAACAAAUUCAGUAAGUGCUCCUUUUCUUCAUACUAUCUAAUGGUUGAAACCUGUAGUGUUUCUUUUAGUGGCUUUGUUCUCCUUACACCAUUCUGAAUAUCCCACUUGACUAAUCCUUAAAAGAGCUCAACUAGACCACAGGGUGCAGGACGGCAUCAGGGUCGGCUCUACAGCACAUGACCUGGUUCGGCGGAAUGAAGUUCAAGACAGCUUUUAUUUAUGUCCCUGCUCGCUUCUCUUUUGUGUUUUCUUGUUGAAUAUGUGAUUUUUCUCUGUAAUCAGAAAUCAUUUCAAACCACACAUUUGAUGUAUGCAGAUGUGUGCAAACAGUGUGUCAGACAGAAUGCUGAUAACCCCAUAUCAAGGCAAAAAGGUGUUAGUGUAAGUUAAUGGAGUUGUGGGAGGGAGCUGGGUGGGUGGUGGUUGGUCCCUGUGGCAGCUUCUGGUUCCUUUUUUCCCCCUCUUCUUUUUCUUUUAUGGUUUUUCUUACCAGUAAAUGGUCUUACAAUCUGUUCAGCCUCUGCCUCAUUUUUGUUAUUUUAUUUCUUGCCUUUUGUAUCUGAAAUAAACAAAGCCAUGCAGUUUUAAUUUCCAGUGACGUGUUUGCCAAGAGGGUCAGAAUUUAAUAUAAUGCCCUGGCUUGGCUUACUUACAAAAUGGCACUGCCUGUACGGUUAUGUAGUGACUAGAAAAAGUAGUUAGAAAAGCGAGAGAGAAAGGAAGUUUUUCUUUGCGUAUGAUUAUAAGAUAGGGUUCGGAUUAAUGGCUCUAAUAGGUUGUAGACUGCUAUAAUAUUGAAUCUUGUCCUCAUUUAUGGUUUCAUUUGUGCUUCUUAAUGAAUGAAUGAAUAAUUUUCUCAUUCACUGGGUGAUUUGUCAUCACCGAAUGAGCUCCACACAAUAAUCCCUUGUACAUUGUUUUUUUUUCCUCUCCCCCACUGUUGGGGUUUUUUGUAAGGUUUCUUAAACUGAGCGUGCACCGCACACUAAAACUGAAAAUAAACGUUGAUCUGUCCACCGAAA